UUAAUUGUGCCUUUUUUUCUUAGGUGGAGUUGGCUUUGUGGGACACAGCAGGACAAGAAGACUAUGAUCGACUUAGGCCACUUUCUUACCCCGACACAGAUGUUAUACUAAUGUGUUUUUCUAUUGAUAGCCCAGACAGCUUAGCAGGAACCUGUAAAGCCUGAAGAGGGCAGAGACAUGGCUAACAGAAUUGGUGCAUUUGGUUACAUGGAAUGUUCAGCAAAGACUAAAGACGGUGUGAGAGAAGUUUUUGAAAUGGCAACUAGGGCAGCUUUGCAAGCCAGACGGGGCAAGAAAAAAUCUGCUUGUCUUCUUUUGUAAGAUGCAAAAGUACAAGCCAAGUUUGUCCUCCCAACAGCUCUUCUGUUCUGCAGACAGUUGCUCCCUCUAAAAUGUUUAUUAAUCCUAGAGCAAUAGUUUAAUUACUGGCGUCUUCAUUUAUCUGUAAUAAGAGUCUUGCUUACCAGUAUUUAAAAGCCAUUCAUGGUUUUUCUAACUCCUUUGUACCUUUAUUUCUGCUGUAGUGCCGUGGGUUUAUUGUAUCUUGUGUAUACAUUAACUCUGACAUUCCCUUAAUCUUUGAUCUUUGUACUCCUAUAGCAUUUGAAAAAUUGUCUACACAGAGUAGAAUUCUGUUAAGCAGUGUUGAAAACAAAAACACCUCUGUCUGCUACCAGUGAGACAUGUCUACAGUCUACAUUUUGUAUAAUUGAAGUUCCUAAUACUAAUAACUUGUAGUAUCUAUAUAAUUUUUAAAAAAUGUAUUUGAAAUAAAAUAACCGGGAAUCCUGAACAUUGUUUUGUAUAACGGAAGACCUACUCGUUUUCUGUAAUAAAUGUUGCUUUGUCUGACAUCUUUUAACUUAAAA